AGUUCAAACGUAAGCGGCAUAGGCCUUCCCCCCACGGCUGGGCACGCCCCGUGCUCUGCGUUAGCUCCCCGCAGUGUCGGCGGACCCAAGGUUUCUCUUAUUCAGUCGCUUCAGUGCUGCGCUAGCAAGUACCUUAGCCGGGACUUGAGUUCAUUAAGUACAGACAUGGCACUGCUGGAUCUGGCCCUGCAGGGACUCGCUAUCUUCGGAUUCAUCCUUUUCGUCGUUCUGUGGCUCAUGCACUUCAUGUCCAUCAUCUAUGUGAAUUCAUCCUACUUGAAAAGCAAAGAGGAAAAGAAGUUAACCCUUCAACUUUGCAACAGCCGCCUUCAUCUCAACAAGAAGACCACAGACAAACAGCCCUACAGCAAACUAGCUGGUGUCUCGCUACUCAAACCCCUGAAAGGAGUGGACCCUAACCUCAUCAAUAACCUGGAGACCUUCUUCGAACUCGACUACCCCAGGUAUGAAAUACUCCUAUGUGUUCAAGAUCACGAUGAUCCAGCCAUUGAUGUCUGCAAAAAGCUGCUGGGCAAAUAUCCAAAUGUGGACGCCAGAUUAUUUAUAGGUGGUAAGAAAGUGGGCAUCAACCCUAAAAUAAACAACCUCAUGCCAGGUUAUGAAGUGGCCAAAUAUGACUUGGUGUGGAUUUGCGACAGUGGAAUACGGGUGAAACCAGACACCCUGACUGAUAUGGCCAGUCAGAUGACUGAAAAGGUGGGACUGGUCCACGGCCUUCCUUACGUAGCGGAUCGGCAGGGCUUUGCUGCCACAUUGGAACAGGUAUAUUUUGGCACGUCUCACCCUCGCUCGUACAUCUCGGCUAAUGUCACAGGGUUUAAGUGUGUGACUGGCAUGUCCUGUUUGAUGAGGAAAGAUGUGUUGGAUCAAGCAGGGGGGCUCAUCGCAUUCGCCCAGUACAUUGCAGAGGAUUAUUUCAUGGCCAAAGCCAUUGCUGACAGGGGAUGGAAAUUCUCCAUGGCCACUCAGGUAGCAAUGCAGAACUCGGGCUCCUACUCAAUUGCGCAGUUCCAGUCUCGCAUGAUUAGGUGGGCCAAGUUGCGCAUCAACAUGCUCCCAGCCACCAUUGUCUGCGAGCCGAUAUCGGAGUGUUUUGUGGCAAGCCUCAUUAUUGGAUGGGCAGCUCACCAUGUGUUCCGAUGGGAUAUAAUGGUGUUUUUCAUGUGCCACUGUUUGGCGUGGUUCAUUUCCGAUUACAUACAGCUCAGGGGAGUCCAGGGCGGACCUCUCAGCUUCUCCAAGCUGGAUUACGCGGUGGCCUGGUUCAUCCGGGAAUCGAUGACGAUACAGAUCUUUCUCUCGGCGCUGUGGGACCCCACGAUCAGCUGGAGGACGGGCCGCUACAGGUUGCGCUGUGGAGGCACGGCAGAGGAAAUCCUGGAUGUAUAACCUAAGCAAACCCAUGGACUACUCGACAAGAGGCGCAAGAGAUUUAAGAAAAAAAGAAAGCAUUUAAAAAAAAAACCGAAACAAAAGAAAAAGAAAACUGCAAAGAAAAAAUUACAAAUCCGAUGUUUGUAUAAAAAAGAAGCUUUUAAAAGAAUUUGACCUUUGAUGGUUUUUACUUAUGUGUUUGAAGAAAAGUGUUCAUUAUUUAUUUUGUGUGGGACUUGCGGCUUGUGUUCUUGUGUUCUUGUUUUUUUUUUUUGGAAGACCGGUGGAAACCCCUGGCCUGUGCCAAACAGUCCCAAAAACUGUGAAGAGAAGGUAUGAGAGGAGAUGGGAAGGCAUUGGUGAAUAUAUCAGCCUUUGGUGAACGCUGUGGGGCGUACAAGUGGGGAGUGGGUGGGAAAAGAACGUUUUUUUAAAUUCUGACCUUUUUUAUUGUGAGCACUACUGAGAACUUAAAAGCACCUACUGACGACCACUUUGUGUGUACAGGUCAAGUAAUAUCUUGCAGAGGAAAGGGGUUGUUUUUUAACAUGGAGUUCAAAGUGGUAUUUAGGGUACAUCUGAGUUAAGAUCACUUCCCAGUACCACCCGUUAUUGCUAAAAUGACCUCAUCAGUUUGUGAGAUCUACAUACGUUUUAAGUUCCCAUAGACCAAACUGAUUUUGAUUUUACAAAUGACCUUUUUCCAUGCAUUGAUAUUUCCAUCUCCAGUUUGACAAUCUGGGUUUCACUAUUGUUUAGAAGACCACUGAUUUAACUGUAGGCAAUUUAAAAUAUGCCAUAAUCUACUUAAGAAUGGGUUCAUUGGAUUAAUCUUGGAUUGUCCUUCCUUAAGUAAUGUUAGGAAGGUUGUGCUUGGUGCUAUUUGGGAUCUUUGUACCCAGCUGAUUAUUUCUGUACUUUUAAUCCACAUUCUAAUGAAUCAGCCCAUUCCUAAUCUGAGGAUUAAGUUUUCAACUAUUUUCAGGGAACUGCACAUUUGGGAAGAAACAAGUAACUGCUUUUUGUUUAGGACAAGCAAUUUGAAUAGCUAGAUUAUAAAGUAUACUGUGAGAAGAUACGAAACAAUAGGUGUUGGAAAUACUAUUCCUAAUUCCUCUGUGUGGUUUUCUAAGAUAAAAGUUAUUCUCUCAUUAAUUUGGCACUGAUGUUAAGAUUAAGUUUUAGAAAACUUUCAACAAAAUUUGAUUUUUUUCUUAAUUUAAUUGAUAUGCUCAACAUUAUAAUGUAGUUCUUUUUCAUCAGUAAACUGAAUGCUAAGCAUUCAAUAAGUCCAAUUAUUUCAAUAUAGCAGCCUUUUAAACUUUAUUAUUUAUAAAUAUUAUCUUAAAAUGGGUUUUUCAUGAAUCCCAUUUUAAAUACACCGUAGCAGUGUUACUGACGUUUUCAGCAAAUGCCAAAACUCUGGUGACAGAUAUUUUAGGCACUGACACAUUUCAAGAGAUUUGUUGCCAGACUAAGUAUUUUUCCAGCGUUUCUGGAGUUUGUGAUCCUCUUUGCAUUAAAGGAUUUUAUUUUCCUGAUGAUCAAAUAGCUCCUAGAAAGUUUAAACUGUCAUACUUGAAUUUAUCUUAUCGCAGUUAUCUGAAAAGUCAUUUCAUUGGUAAAGAUUGUCAUGACUGGGAACAAAUCUCAACAAAGAGCAGCUUAAGCUGUUCAGGUGUUGUUCCUUUUAACUAGAUCUGUCACUACUUUCUUUUCUAAUGAAUAAUAAUAAAAAAAAUUCUUAAAGGAAAAGCGUUACUUUUUGAACGGCUUAAGCAAAAACCAAUCACUGUAGAACCAUUGAAAAUCAAGAAACUUAAUCCUCAGUGAGACUGUCAGACUUGUGCCCUCCAGUCAUGUUGGCUUUGGUGGUUAAGCAAAACUGUGAAUUGUAGUUCUCAUGGGGAGUUACAGGUACUGUCUCGCCAAACCAGCAAAAGUGUAGAACAUGGUUUUAAAGUAGGACAUCAAGGCAGAAUAACAAUAUACAGCGACAUGAAGGUCAAAAGUCUGACAAUUGCAUUUAUCUAGAGGCUGAAAAAAAAUUUUUUUUCAGUUGUUCCAUUCUCUUGCAAAUUUCUAAAUUGGUUAAAAAAGCCAUGCCUACAGUUAAAAUAAAUAUGUAAUGGGCGCAGUAUCCCAUGAUCUCCUCCUCCUCCAAUCUAAUAAUCUCUUGGUUUAGAACACGAUUGGAGUCUAGCCCAGUCUAAAUUUAUGUGAGCAAUGUGGUCUUUUUGUUGUUGUUAACUGAAAGUGGAUUGAAUUAGCUGGUUAUGAUUUAAGGGUGUGUGUUUCGGGAGUGGGGGGAUGAGUUAAAUAGCAAUAAAGAAUACAGUGAGAGGCCACAAUAUGAAGUUGUUUGCUGUAUUCUACUUGUAGGGACAAAACUCGAAUUCUGUCUUGGUAUGAAACAUUUCUGAUUUUUUUUUUUUAUAAAGACCAUUUCAGUACCAUUUUAAGCUAUUUUCUUACCAAAUAUAUAGAAUAGUUCAAUACAGACUUAAACUGAAUGUAAUACUGCAUGUAAAUGAGUAAGUACUAACUGUUUAAAAUACAAUUUGAAUUAAAUGUCAAAUUAAUUGCCAUAGUAGGCACAAAGGAAUGGGCUGAGGUGUGGUGGCUAUAUUUUGCAACCAAGAAACUUUCUUUCCUAUACAUGCAGAUACAUGCUUUCUUUGUUAGUUGUCUUCUAAGCAUCAUUUUGUAACCCACCUCAUGAAGGGAGGGGUCUAAAAUGGCACUGUAAAUUUCCGAUAGACUCCUUGCUUUUUUUGGUGUAUGCGUGUGUGUACUCUAAGGGUGGCCUUUUUAUAUUUGCGAAAGAUUGUAUUGUUCUGUUAUACAGUGGGGAACUGGACUGUUUAUUUUUUUAUUUUAUUUUUAAUUGCUUUUUUUAUAUUCAUCUGUUGUACAUAAUAUGCAGACUGAUGCGGAAUAAGACUGGAACCCUUGGGAGGUUUGCUAUGUAUUGGUCCCACAAGCUGUUGCACAGAUUUCUCGCUGCAGUUGAGCUCUGUUCUGUUUUGAAAUGAAAAGCAUACCUUGGGAUAGGUUGAACUACCUCUGAAUGAUGGCAGUGGCAAUGGGCUGUUUGGUGGCUGUUUGAUAAAUCUCUGCUGUUCAUGCCCCUUAAGAGAUCUUUCGGCUUUAAGGCACCAUAGCAGUUGGAUUUUUAAUUCCACACACAUUUAGGAGGCCAUCUUGAAUGGCACCCACUUCAAACUAGGUAUCAUAAAGGAUGACUGUCAUGAACUGACUUAGAUCUGUCCAUUAGCCCUUGUUCCUGAAGAGAAA